CACCCACACACCUGUGUCCCUUCCCGGGGUGACAGGUGAACCCGCACACCUGUGUGCCCUCCCAGGCGUGUCCCCGCCCACCCCCGUGGCCUUGGGGGCUCAGGUAUAUCCAGGGGGCCCUCGGGGCUCGGGAGGCCUCGGCGAUGGCGUCGGCACUGCUGGUGACACUGGUGGCCUCGGUGGCCGUGCUGGGUGGGGGGGUGGAGGCCCAGUGCCCCGGCCCCUCCGAGGUGCACACUGCCAACGGCACCCGCCUGUGCGCCCUGCUCUACACCGACGACAGCCCCUACUACGACCAGUGCUGCGCCGGCGCCGUGCUGGAGGUGGAGCCGGGCAGCGACGUGCCCUACAUGCCCUACAAGUGGUCCGGCCGCACCUCCUCGCUCGUGGUGGGCACCCGCUGCGAGCUCAACGUGUGGUCGCGCAGGGGCAAGGAGGGCGACACGCGGCGCUUCAGCGCCGGCGCGGUGCCGCGGCUGCAGGAGGUGCACCGGGGGCUCUUCGGAGACUGGGACGACGCCAUCCGCGGGUACUACUGCACCUGCAAGUGACGGCACGGCCGCGCGGGCAGGGGGCAGAGCCGGGGGGACAGCGAGUCAACGUGGGCCAACGCAAGUCAAUGUGGGCCAACGCAAGUC